AUGAGUUGGUAUGGCGGCGUUCGGCACGCUGGAAUUCUCGUCCUUUGCGUGCAGUUCGCCUGCCAUGUUCCUUCGCAGGGCGCCGUCGACAGCCGACUCAUGCGCCGGCAGAAGGUACUCAUGGCGCUAGACGCCCACGGUGACGUCCACGAGGCGAGACGCCUCCGGUGGUGGCUGGGCGAAGACUCCGAACUUCCCGUCGAGACGCAGGAGUACCACAUCGCUUUCGAGAUCGAUGGUAGUCUGAUGUGCUGGCAGAGGGAGCAUCCUGGCUGCGAGAAGUCCUCUGCCAGCUGCGAAGUCAAGUACUGCGAUGCCCGCGAGUGCGAAUGCAUGCUGGUGAAAGUGAAGAAGUGCAGUGGCCACCUCAACCUCUUCACCGAAGCCGACUGGGACGAGGACCCCAAGGCCAAGGGCGGGAGCCAGCGACACUUCUGGCGUGGUCUCCGCGUGCAGUACUACGAUACUUCGCACUGGGGCGCCGACUCCCGAGACGGCGGCAAAGCCCUGGAGUCGACUCUGAGCUGCAUGGAACCCGCUGGCUGCCCCUGCUCGGAGAGCCCAUGGUUCUCGUGGUCCUACGGGCGACUCGGUGGAAACCUCUACUGGACACCUGGAGGCAAUGAGUCAAUAGGCCCAUCGGGCACCGCCGCCCACCGACUUCAUCAGAAAUUAAGCGUUCGAGCCUACAAUGACAAGGUGGAG